AAACACAAGAUUCCAAAUCAAAAUCUUUGAUUUAAAAAACUCAUAUUUGUUUAACGAGUAGAGAAAGAAAAGGGGAAAUUUGAAAAACAUUGGAAGAGAAGAAAAUGGAUGGAGAAAUUAGGGUUUGGUGUUUGGAACAUCUUCUUAGAAAAUCAAGCAUCAAAACCAACCUCAUCAACAAACUUAUUUCUAAAAUCUCACUCUCCAAUACCGAUUACCGCACCAAGAAAACAAUCAUCCUCAGAACCCUCGAAGAUGCCUUGUCGGAAGCAUUUAUCCCAGAAUAUAUGCUCCAGAUUUUUGAGGUACUAGAAAAACUGUUACUUUGUCACGACUCUUCAAAUCCAAAUUCAAAUUCAAUAGCUGCUGCCAUGAAAGCCGCUUAUUGUAGUAUUGCAGUUGAAUCUACACUCAAGCAUCUUGACGCAGGAAUAUCAAACCCUAUUUACGGCAAAGCGGUAAAGAGGAUAUGGGAAGUUAGGGUUCAUGAUAUGCAUAACGAGGGAAGUAGUUUUCUAUUAUCAGAUGAAUUGAAAGAAUGGAAAAGUGAGAUUGAGAAAUCGCUUUUGGAUGGGGAAGUUAGGAAGAAGCUUGCUUCCAUUCCGUUUACUCGAAGAGACGCGAUUGUAAAGGUGCAAGCUUUUUUGGCUGAAGCUUGGGAGGAUUUAGGCCCUUCUUUUCUUGAAUCAGCUGCGAAGAAUCAGUUGGAUUCGAGUGUGGGUGGCUUGCAGAUGAAGAAACAACAUGAGAAAGUUUCUCCGAUAGAAAUUCUGAAAGACAAUGAGAAGGCUGAAGGGAAGUUUACUACUGUUGUUGAUGUUGAGAAAGUGGAUUUAUCAGCCUCUUGCGGAAAAGCGGACACUUUGCCAAUUAACGAGAAGACGAAGAAUGGGGAAUCUCUUAAGUGUAGUUCUGUGGAGUUGCAAACUUUGGCCAAGGAUUCUGGUUUGGUAAUUGAGGACACGAAUGAGGAGCCACAAAUGGAAAACCCGAGUUUGGAUGCAAACUUGCCCAACGCACAAGCUUGCCAGGGUAGUAAUAAUAACGAGACUAAUCUUAAUGAGACAACUUCUGUUCAUCAAAGUGAUGCUCAUCGCCCUAACUUGAUGAAACCAAAUAGUACUGCUCGAACUCAUGAGUGGGAUGAUUCGAUAGAUGGCUUACAGGCUAGUAAAUUUAGUUUGCCUAGUCCAAAGAGGAGGAAACAUUCUCCAUUGAAGCCGUAUGAACCAAAAAACAUCAUAAAAAGGAGAAAACCAAAAAAAUGGAGUAAAUUGGAAGAGGAUACCCUAAGAACCGGCGUAAACACAUUUGGCAUAGGAAAAUGGAAACUAAUCCUUAAUGCGUAUACAUUUGAAGAGAGAACUGAAGUUGAUUUGAAGGACAAAUGGAGAAAUAUGAUGCGGUAUGGAGCCCAAUGAAUCAUUUGGCAGUGCAUAGUUAUUUUUUUGGAAUGAUUUGGCAGGGCAUAGUUAUUUUUUUGACGGAUAUUUCAUGUCCAACAAAAGACCUACAUGUACCUAUCUAUUUUGAAUAUUUUGAAUUUGGAAGGUAUGUUUCAGAUGUAUUUUUGCAUACAAUCUUAAGAUUAUACUUCAAAAACAUGAAAAAGGAUAGUGUCUCAUUCUGAUUUAGUAUUACAUGUAAUUUUUGUCUCAGAUGGAUCCAACUUAUUUUUGAGCACUUGUAUUGGAACAUUAAUCAUUUAAUCCAUCCUUUUAUUUUUGAAAAAGCAAAAUAUUAUAUCAUUAUCCUUGUUAGAGCAUGAGCCAAUAUUAUAUCAUUAUCCUUGUUAGAGCAUGGAGCCACUGCAGUUUGUUAUUGGCUUAUUAUUUUUCUAGAAAGCAACAAUUAGAGUUAGUACCGAAAACCGACUUCUAAUCAAAAUUAAAAAAAGCUCAAUUAUUGAAGUUGUUUAUAAUAACACGGCCUCUAGAUUGUUAAUCUUGGAUAAUGGUGUGCAACAUUGAACCCAAAAUGCUAUAGUGGUUAUUGAAGUUGUUUAUAAUAACACGGACUCUAGGUUGUUAAUCUUGGAUAAUGGUGUGCUAACAUUGAACCCCAAAAUGCUGUAAAUGCUGUA